CGCGACGCUACGCGCAUUUUUGCGCGUCAGUCACCUUACACGCGUGUCGUAGUGUUGUCCGCCGACCCUCCUGGCCUGGCGGAUCGCGAAAUUUUCAUCAGAUGCUCGCGUUUUCUUUUGUUUACGCCUUGUCAGUCGGGCCUUUUGUUGUGUGCAACCGCGCGCCGCGGUACUCGUAAGUGAGAGUGAGGUGUAUGUGAUUCUUCUCGUACGCGUGUAUUGGUAACUUGGUGGCACGUAUGCUUGCACACAGGCGCGCCAGUUAUAACCUCAAAAUAUGCUCCCAGCUGUCCAAUUUUUACUUAAAAUACCUGUCGUUUUAUCAAAAUCGAUCGAUUUCUUAGAAUUAGCGUACAAACUCGUGAUUAUCACUCUCUGGAAUAUAGCAACGCUCAAUCAAACAUGAUACGUUGUACCGCUUUCUUGAUCUCUCAUAACAGAAGAUCGACGCAAAAUCUGUACAAAUAAAAGUGUAGUGUGUGUAACAACAAUAGAAAGAUUUUAAACAUUUGACAAAUAUUCAAGAAUGACGGUGAGCUAUUUCUUGGACUGGGGAUAGCAUGUAAUAUGAGAGAAGUACUAUUUACAAAGUGAUAUUUGAUACUGUCUUUUGUACAUAUCUUAGAUAUGCUGUCAUGGACAAACUUAAUAUUGCUACAUUUAUAAAUGGAUAUAAUCCUUUGGCAAAUGCACUUUAAAUAUAAGUCAGGAUAUAUCCACAAUGCAAUUGAACAAUUAUUCUUUAAUGGAUAAAGUAGUUCAAGAGAGAACUACUUUCAAUAUACAACAAAGUGACGCUUAUAGCAGCGAAGCAUGGUUAACAUUGGAGCAAAAUCUUUAAAAACAACGUUAACAAUAUAUGAGGAUACAACUACUUUGAAGAAUCAAUAUAGUGCUGCCUGUGAACUUCAGAGGAAAUACGAAAUUAUAUGCAUGACAGGAACAGGAGAUAUAGGUCGCAGACACGUUGAGUGGCGCCGAAACGCAAAUAUUGCUCACUUCGACUGUUAAACAAUAUUUUGGAAAGAGCAAAAUAAGCUGAAAAGGUGGCCAAACGCUGCCCAUAGUAAAGAGGGGCUGCGUGGGCAUGCAGCAGCCUCAGUCACGCCCUCUUCUUGGGGACUCAGUAUCCUCUACAACUUCCCCAAAUGCACGUCGUAAUAAUCCAGUUACCGUUUUGACCCAACAACAAUUGCAGCAAUUACAACAGCUACAAGCCCAGAAUACCAGUGGCCAGUCACUAACAUUUGCUUUGCAACAGACAUCAAACAACCCACAAGAACAAGGGAAUGGGUCCACAACUGGAAAUCACAUAGUCUACGUAAACCAGUUGAAUCAAUUGAAUCAGAGUACCAUAAAUCCCUCAGGGACUGGUAUGGGCCUACCCCCGGCCACCCCCACUUUUGGGGUGGGCCUUAAUAUGGGAUUGCCUCUGUCACUUCUAAAUACCAGUCUUACAUCUCUCACUUCCAAUGUUAUCACUACAUCAAAUCCUCUGCACAAUUUGGGCCUGCCAAGCAUAAACACAGGGCUGACCGCGAUAAAUCCUAGCUUGAAUCACAUAAAUGCUAUCAAUUCUAAUCUAACGUCCAACAUUGGCUCAAACAAUAUUAACAACAGUUUAUCCAAUUUGGGACAAGACUUGAAUAGCAUAAAUACGGGGGUAAAUACUGGAAUAAACAGACUCAAUACAAUAAAUUCUACAAACAUUAAUUCUGGACUAUCUGGAGUGAAUACUGGACUAACCGGUGUAAAUCCAAAUUUGACAAGCUUAAACUCAUCGAAUGUAAAUCAAAGUCUUACUACAUUGAAUACUAAUUUAACCGCCGCGAAUUCUGGUUUAUCUGCUAUUAAUCCGAAUGCGAAUUUGACCGCCGCCAAUAUAAAUUCUGGUGUAAAUCAAGGUCUCAAUCGACCUGCGAAUGCCCUGGCAACUGGUCUUACGCCAACUAGUUUGAAUUCUAGUAGUGCACAGUUUCCAUUCCAAACAAUACAGAGCAUUCAGAGUAUUGCACCACACAUUGUUGGAUCGUCAAAUUUAGCACAUGUACCAAACUCUGCUAUAUCGCAACAUCCCAACUCAAACAUUUCAACAAUCUCACAAAUCUCUAAUUCUGGAGCAAGUUCCAGCAUAUUCACGAGCACACCCAACGAUUCAAUCCAUACAACCACUGCAAAUGUGAAUCACGCUUCGAACGUGAAUCUCACUACAAACAUACCGCACCUUGGUACAAUGCAGUCUAAUUUAUCCAAUAUAACGACAUCGAAUGUACAACAUAUAUCCAAUGAACCGACUAUGUCAUUGAGUCAUGUUUCUUCUUUAAGUUCCUCCCAGUCGACUGGAUUUCAACCACAGCGACAGUAUUCACAGGGGAUAAACCCUGGCUUAAGUGCGUCAGUAACACUAACGGGUACAACACAAUCGUCGAAUGUGGUCAGUACUAUGAAUACCGUUAAGUCUAUGCAAAAUAUUCAAGGUCAAAACAUUAGUUCACCGGGUAGUCCGUUCUCAAUACCCCUGAAAAGUCCAGCGUCUAAUAUAGCACCGCCUACGCCGAGUCCCAGCCCUAAUCGACUUUUACUUAGAAGUCCAGCUUCGAACUCGAUACAAUCGAAUCGGAAUAGUCCGAGUCCAGUCGGCACGUCGACCUCGAACAGUAACUUUAACAUACAAAUGCAAAGCCCCAUGCAGAGUCCGAUGAGUGUUAGCCAAAUACAAAGUCCUGUACUUAGUCCGUAUCCUCCCGCAAAAAGCCCUCAUCUUUUAAGCGGGAAUAACUCUCUCAACAAUAGAAGUCCAGCACCCGGAGGUAGUCCUGGUCCACCUGUGGUUCGGCCUAAUACACCCAUAUUGCAACAAGGGAUGCAGGUGUUACAAAUAAUUCAUGGUACACCACAGGGUUAUCAGUCUACCCCGACUCAACUAGUGACUAGGACCCACUUAAUCGGAAAUCAGCAAAUCCAAAUAGCGGCCGCUAAACCAGCCAAACAACCGCCGCAAAUUCUGCCAAAACCACCAAAUCAACAAGCUACUACUUCUCAGCAAAAGUCGCAGCGUGCUACGACUACAAUCACUAACCAGGUGACGCAGCAGACUCAGCCGCAACUAGUUCUUGCUGGGCCCCAACCAAAUCCUACCACAGCGACAAUGAUACCAACAGCGCAGGGUUUGACUGUACUGAACCAGGUAUUGCCAUCGACUGGACCUGUCAUUGUACAGCAGCAACCAGGAGGCGUUCAGCUCAUACUAAGGACGCCGGCAAACGCCCAGCAACAAACACAUACUGCACAGUUAACGCAACAACAAUUAGUAAGAGUUGUCACAGCACAAGGUAUGCAAUUACAAGGGAUUACACCUACAUUCUUUGCUGUACCCAAUGGAUUUCCUCCAGCUGCUUCUCCAGUAAUAAGACAUACUCCAUCUAGUCCUGCGCCAUCCAAUUCAGGAACUGGCAACUCUAUCGUAAUUCAGAACGCUAUGGUACAAAGUCCUCAACAACAAAUCUCACAAGUCACAUCUGGCAAUACUACUAGCAAUGCUGCUUGCACGCAAGCUGUCUCAGAUAUAUGUCCGCCUCCUAAAAAGAAAGCGAAAAAGAAGAAAAAGGCCAAAAGAAAAGAGGACGAACCACCGAAGUUGGAUCUUGCCAGUAUUAUGAAGAUAUCGGGUAUCGGAGAUGAUGAUGAUAUUUUUGAUACCGAGCUGACAACUGAAACCGAAGUUCCUUGUCAAGUGCAAACAAGCGAAGCCAAUGCCGGACAAUCUUUGAAUCAGCUUCCAUCGCAAGGAGCAGUCUCUGGUAGUUCUGCUCAGAGUCUAACUCAAGUACCUGCAACAAAUACAACGAACACACAAGCUUCUAUGUCACAAACGUUCAACAGUCAGCUCGUCGCGCAACUUCAGAUGCCUGUGCAGAAUACAAUAUCGGGACAAUUGCGAUUAGCGGUUGGAGAAGACGGUAGAAUCGUUCUACAUCAUACUCCAGAGCCCAAUCAACCCGAGAUAGAUCAAGCGACCGCUCAAGCUUUAAUACGAUCUCUGUCUCAAAGUGGUGGACAAAUCUCGCAAAUUUUCGGUCAGGCGCAGCAAAUCACCCCACAAUCUAAUACGCAAAACACAACUCAGCAGAAGCAAAAAUUCAUCAAAUCGCCUUUGUCCAAUGGAAAUCAAGUCUCCAACACUGUGAGUUCUACAGGCUCACAAAAUGUCGUUUCCACUAAUACACAUCACGGCCAGAUAUGUUCAAAGCCGAAUCAACAGAAGAAUACAAACAUUGUUCCUCAAGAGACGAAUUCGCUGCCGAAUAUCUGCAUUCAAAGUAGCCUCGGAUUGCAAUCACUGGAAAUACAAACGGCGAAGAAUGUCAACGUACAAAACCUGAUACAAGCUAAGAAUAUUCAGUCCUCAAAUCCUACUUUGUCACAGACGAGCAAUAACACUACUCUAAACGCUUCUGAAAUAUUAUCUGUGAAACCUUCGCCUACAACGUUUAGUAUUCAAAGUCCUCGAGUAUCCAAUACGAACCAAGCAAGCUCCAAUCAACAGAAUUCCAACAUUUCUCUGCAAAAAUCUAGUCAGGUACGUCUCACGAAUGCUUGCAUAACCACAAAUGUACGACAAAAUCUGGGAAAGCAAGCGCAACAGCAGCAGAAACAGCAACAACAUGGUAUUCACAUGCAAAAAUCAUUGCCGAAUAGUUCAAUAGUACAAACCGAUCACACAUCUAAAACUAAUCAAAGUCUUCAGCAAACAAGUCAACAGGAGACUCUAGUGCUGCAUCAGGACUCGCCAAUGUUUCAACAUAAUCAGCAGAUUACUGCGCAAACCGUACAAACUCAAAACGUGCAACAAAUAUUUGAACAAAAUUUGCAGAGCUCCAACAUUCAUCACAAUUCCAUGAACAUACUGCAGCAACAAAGCUCUUGCAACACCAUGCAACAGCAUGACACCAUGAAUGUUUUACAACAUGCAAGUAUUCAACAAAAUACAAUCAAUGUCUUACAGCAAAAUACAGCUGGGAACGUUCAGAAUAUUGAACAAAAUUUGCAGUCAAGUAUCAAAGACGCAACUCAUGCGCAGCAGAAUGUCCUGACCAGUUUGCAACAACAAAAUACGUCUACUGUUUUGCACAACACGAGUGUCCAGCAAAAUGUUAAUGUACAGCAAAACGUGAACGUUCAGCAGCAAAAGCUCAUGACAGCGAAUACUUUUGCCUCUGUUAAUGCGCAUCACUUUGAGACCCAGAACUCUGCUAAUGUCGUUCAGCAAGGGAUCAAUACGCAACAAAAUAAUCAGAAUCAAAAUAUACUGAUCACAACUACUCCCACUUCCAACACCACCCAGCAAAAUGAAUCUCAAAAGGUGGAAUCGCAAGGUGCAAAUAUACUGAAUUCGGCGGCGAACAACAUACUGAAUAACGCGCCCAAAAUUACACCUGAAAUUUUGAAUGCGCUAAGCAACUUGAAUCCCAACGAUCAGCUGUUAAUCGCAAACGCAAAUGGCCAGAUGCAGGUGAUUAGUCAGCAAUUCUUGCAACAGUUUUUGGCUGGACAGUUGAACGCGACGAAUCAGACGCAGAAUCAAAAUCAAACGCAGAAGAUAGUGAUCGGCGAGCCGGAUUCGAAUAAUCAGAACUUGCAAGGCGUCCAAAUUAACACCCCGACGAGUCAGAUAAUCGUGAACAGUUCUGGUGGAGCUCCGACAAUCCAAAAUAAUAUUCAGAACAUUGUAGUACAGGCUGCGCCAUCUCAGAUGCCGCAGCAUAUACAGAUUCAAAAUUCGAAUUUUCCUAGUCAAUUUAUUGACAACCUAAAUCAACAGCAAAUUAGAAACUUGGGUAAUAAUAAUCAACCAAAGAAAGCAAAAAUCGUGAAAAGGACGAAAGUUGCAGUGACCGCUCAAAGUGUUGUAAAUUCACAGACAAAGACAGUAACUGUUACUCGGCCAACAAUGGUCACGGCGAAUACAUCCAAUUUACAAAAGAUUGACAAUUCUAAUAAAACAAACGUAACGGUAUCUCAGAAUACAAAUUCUGCUAAGACCGAAACGACUCAAAUCAUUGCCAAUGGUCCUUUGGUUUCGUCUUCUACCGGCAGUCAUGUAUCAGUCCCGUCAAACGGUCAAAUGGUACAAAGAGUACAAACUAUUCAGCUUCCUGCUCAAAAGCAGCAAAUGUUGAAAAACAUUCAGUCACAAAUCCAAACUAUUUUAUCUCGAAAAUCUGGCACGUCAUCGGAUCAGGCGAUACUGGCAAAAUUAUACCAAGAACAAUCGAAGAUAUUAUCUACUGGAAAAAUCGUGAGCACUACUACACAUUCUGUCAAUAAUCCUGCUGAAACAACAUUCAGUGUAAAUGCAGUUUCAACAGUGGCAUCAAAUAUAAAUCCACAAAAUUCGUUCAAGAGCCAAACAUCAGCAGCGCAAACUCAGACUCAGACUUCUGCUGUUAUGUCGGUUACAUCUCAAAAUCUAAAUCCAACUACAUCCAUAACAAUUCCCAGUAGCUCGAACAAUAAUUUCAUUAAUAAUAUUACGGUGCCACAGAGUGUGCAGCAAUCACCUAUAUCGAACACCGCGACACAGAGUAUGCACCAGACGCACACCAAGCAGCACAAGUUUUAUCAGAAUCACGGGAAUCAGAUGUUGAAUCCGUCCUCCGCGAAUAUGCAAAUCUUCUCGCCGCCUAUUUCCACCACAGCAACCCCGCAAUUACAGAGCAACGCGCAACAAUUAACCCAAGUCCAAACACAGCAACCGACGAGCAUGCAACAAUCCACGCAGUGUCAAACGGAUCCGUUGGACAUCAAAGCGACCAUACAGACGCCGAGUCCCGUGAAACAACAAGAACUUUCCUCCCCCAUCCAAGUUCAGGUUCAAAGCGGCUCUCCUGCAGGUCAAGUGACUUCACCUAGAAUGAUGGGCAAGGGAACACAGAGGAUUCAGAGUCCUGUAAACACUAGCGGAAAUGCGACGAAGCAACUCGUCAGUCCUAGUAGCAGUCCACUAAUAAGCCCAAGGCAAGGCGUAAAAAGACGUGCGACUAGUCCGAUUUGUAGGCAGAUAAAUCGUAGCGAAGUAAUGGAACAGCAACUAAAAAUCGAUCAAAGUGGUGCGAUCAGUCCGGAUAUGAAUACACCAUUCUCAAGCAAACUUGAUGCCUGCAAACGUUUGGUGAGAUACCAUUGCUUAAAUGAGCAAGUACUCAGCACUAAGGAUUUGGCGAAAGCGGACGAGAUAUUCGAGGAGACGUCGAAACACUUGUUGAGCAAAUUCAGUGCUAUGAUGAAUAAAUACACGUAUCUUCUUCUAAUGGAAAGCAUGCGUGAGGUGAGGACCUCAGAAUUGAUGAUGAUUGAUAGGACUUUUGUCUCUGAAGAACAAAGCAUCCUUAAUAAGUUACGAGAACAAGAGGCGAGAGUUACCGAAGAGUUUAAGAAGGAAGAAAAGCCAUUGGUGCCAAAAGUUGAACCUGGCCUUAUGGAAGAGGACAAAUCGACCUUAACAACAUCAUCAUCUUUGGUGAACAUAUCUGUGAAGCGCGAAUUGGAAGAUGACUUCCCGAGUGACGAAAUGGAAUGUAAACCAGUGAUCAAAACGACGAGCAGUACCAGCGGCGAUUACGACGAGUGGCUGGAAAUCCAGAAAGAACUGGAAGUGUAUCAAUCCAGUACGGACCCCUUGAAGUGUAAAAACAGUAAUAUCAGUGGUAAUAAUAGUGUGUGUGCUGUUACGAGGUCGUCGAAAAUCGAAAGAACACGAGCAAACGGCGAGUGCCUUCGUGCAAAUGUUGCAAAUAUGAGUGUGCCCGGUAUCUCGAACAAAAUCAUGAAAGACAAUUGCGAGCAGGAUGUAGCUCCGUUCGAUAGGCGUUGGAGUAGCGCUACUGAUCUCGAGCGAGAUUUGUUAGAAGAUACCGACAGCUUAGACGGAUUAGCUUUGCACUCGCAAGCGCAAUGUCCAAGUAGUACCGUUCACGUGACGAGUAGCGAAAGCGGGAAUGCCGGCAACGAGCACGACGAAAUCACCGCACAAGUACAGUCUGCCAUUGACAGCAUUCUCAAUCUUAAAAAACGUCCCACGAAUACGUUGUCCAGCAGUAGUAGCGGUAGCGCGUCGUCACAGUCCAAUGAUUCGAAGGAUACUGCGCUGGACCAAGCAGUUCGCAGCAUUUUAGGCUCGUGACCCUCCUUUAGUAAAGUAUGUUAAGUGAAAGUUGAUAGUGAAUAUUGAGAUAAUUGUACGUCUUGAGAACUUCAGAAGAACUAUAAGGCGAUUUUUUCAUGUUUUUUUUUUGUGGACGACGAAUCUACUUAUCAUUAAGUACUGUGUUUGUAUCGAUGAUGCAACUAUCUUUCGAGAGAUUGUUUCCGAUACGGCAUAUCUUGAAGUACUAAAGUACAGAUGAUUACUAAAUUAUUUGUAUAAAUCAUGUGACCUUAUUUAUAUAAAUCAUAUGAUCUUUAUUUAUGCAUUAUUCAGCAUAGGCAAACUUGAUUAUGUGUACAUGUGGUGGUAUUGAAUAUUUCGAUUUAUCAAAGAUUCUUUUUUGCAAUGGCAAUAAUUAUUCAUAAUAUAAAAAAAAAAACAUGUAUACUUUCCAGUAGUCUAGCUGUAAUAAAGCCACUGCGUAAAUCUAAUUCUAGCAGCUGUAAAUGUGAAUAGGUUAGAUAGAUAACUCGCUCAGAUUUUUCAAUAUGCCACACUUUGUAAUGUAAUUUUGUAAAAAGUAAUUAUUUAAAACAACUUAUUCCAUUUUAUCAGUAGUACUUGUAGAAGGAUCUUAUCGAUACUUAAAAAGUGGGUCGGUGAAUAUUGUACAUACGUUUUUAAGGUAUAUUAUUAAUAUGAUUAUAACUAUUAUUUGUAUUAUUGUUAUUGAGAUCUAUUCUCAGAAUUAUUAUUACUAUUGCUAUGAUUAAUAACACCAUUAUUGGAAUCGAUGAUAAGCAAAUGGGAAAAGCAAAGAGAAAGUAGUAGCGUAAGAGACUGAUAUAUAAAAUCAUGGAAAUGCGAUAUGCAAAUGUGUAUUAAUGAAAUACAGAAUGAUCUUUUAUCAGGAAUAACUAAAACAUGAAUUUUUAUGAAAAAGUAACACAGAGAUAUUAAAUAAAAUUGAAUUAUGUUUGGAAAACAAAACAUCAAAAGCGUAGAAUAAAACAAGUUUAAUAUUAUAUAUUUAUUUUUUUAUGUAUAUUUAUUAUGUUUUUCAAAUUAACUGCAUCACUGAUAAUAAAUCAUUCUGUAUAAAGAGAAAAAAGAAACAUAGAACUUUUGUGCGUAUUAUUUGGAUUUAUUUCUAUUUAUGUAUAUGCAGUCUCAAUGUUAAAACGCAAAAUCAAAGAGACAAUUUCUAAAUAGUGUAUAGCGUUUUACGACUUUUUUUGGCAUUACAUACAAACUCGCAAUAGAUGUGUGGGUAAUCGACAGAUGCAUGUUGAAGAGUUUAUAUGUGGAAAAAGGAUAAUCACAUAAUAAUUGUUAGAGCCUUUGAGAAUGCCUAUAAUUGUCGAAAUUGAUUAGCAGCAUAUACAUUCCCAUACCCAAUGUAUGGUUUUAUUGUUAAUUUUAUUGUAGCAUGUAUACGAAAUUCACGUAAAUAAUUGUAAUCUUAAUUAAGAAAAAGAAACCGGGAUUUCCGUUUUUAACAAGCGAUUUUUUUAUGAAAUUGAAAGACAGUGGGAUAACAUUGUUGUCGAUAAAGUUUUUAUUAUGUGAAUUAAAUCGCGUAUUCUUUUUCUACAUAUACUAGGAUGACUCUCUGCAUACAGUGGAAACAUAAAGCGUUUUCUGGCAAAAGCAAUCCAAGACUGACGUAUAUACAGAAAAAAAAAACAAGCAAAACUAUGUAAUGUAUUACAAUAAGAAAUAAUAAUCGUUUGUACAUACAACGUUCAAUUACACUCUCGACGGCAAUCGUGACUUAAUGAAUUCUACACAGAUUUAAAAGUUUGAAUAUGCUAAAGUUCUUUUAAUCCUAAUAAAUUGCCGAUAUUUCACGAGUACGCAUAUAGAUUGUCCUAUAUCCCUGUCUGCUGCGUUUGAACUAUGUACUUCGCAUGUCGCAAUUAUUAGGCAUUAACGACGAGAUAUGUAACAAUACAACCGCUGACGAGAGUGAAGACAAAAAAUGGUACGGUGAUAAUAUAUAUACACAUAU